GUCAGAUUGUCCGGUCAUAAAUUCUGAGCGUUUCGCUCUUGGAGCAUUCAGUGAGCGCACACUGGACACUAGCCGAGGAGUAGGGUUGAUCCGGGCGUUCUGAUCUCACAACCGCAGUCAAAUACACAAGCAAAUUGCCCAAUUUCUGGAACCGUGACGUCAAAAUAAAAAAAAAUCGACAGUUGACACUGCUGACUUUCACUCUUUCCACGUUUGCCGUCCAACCCGGAUUCACGACAAACUUUGAUCUCCUGCUUACAUUGAUUAUACUUUCUGCAGAAAAUGGAAACCUAUAGAACACACAUUGUCAUGUGGACUGUCCUGUGGUUAGUAGAAGUCUUCCUGUGUGCCUCAGCCCAUUUGGAGCCACUCCAAGCUAUUGUGGGACAAAACGUCCUCCUGCAAUGCCCCUGCAAGAAGAGAAACGAGAGAAGGGACAUGAAAUGGCAGUUAGAAGACCAUACCACCAUCCUUCACCACAGUGGAAGUCGUAACACCACAAACAUCGGGGAGGGAUAUCAAAACAGGGUCAGUCUCUUUCAGAAUGAAGAUAAGGAAAACUGUUCCCUGCUCCUCUCAGGCAUCACUGUCGCAGACAAUGGGAUGUACAAAUGCUUCUUUCAAACCGAGACUUUGGUCUACAUUCACAUCACUCUGCAUGUGAUUGCCAGCUACAGUGUCUGUAUGUACCAGAUACUAGACCAGGCUUCGAAUGGUUCUGGAUGGGGAGAGAGGUUCGGGGUGUACCAGUGUAAAGCCAACGGGGGAUACCCAAAGGGCCAGAUUCACUGGAAGAUGGGUGGACAUCCUCUGGUGAACACCUCCAGGAGGGAUGAGACCCACCUGGAUAACUCUACAGGACUAUACAGUCUGAGCAGCAUCCUGACCAUGGAUCGGAGUCAGGGUGAAAAACUGCAGUGUAUGGUGGAGAACACAGACCAGGCUUCUAAACUCAACUCCACCUGCAAGGAAAAGCCUGUAUACAUUAGAGAGAGUCUAUUGGAGAGUCCUGAUAAAGUAGCAGUAGCAGCAGGUGUGUCUGUCAGCGUGGUUGUGACGCUUGUCGCGGGAGUCCUGCUGGUGAUCUUCUUACUGACUAGAUGUCACCGGCGUGAAACGUUAACGCAGAGAGACACAGGGGAAAGAAGUGUGACCCAGCAGUUGAACAUGUAUGAACACUGAGUGUGUGGAGCAUCUUCUCCCUCUGAUACAACAAUCUCUCCUCAAAUGACGGACGACAAAAUGGAGGGAUGGUGACUUGCAACAAGACAAACUUAAAAUAAUGCCUGUGUUCAAAGUAGCAAUGUGGAGCAGCAUUGAGCAAUGUAUUGUAAUGUCAUGUCUGAACCAUAUUCUGUGGCCAUUAUGCAACGAGGCAGGAAGUGAAAGAAGUGGAGAACAGCAGGAUGGGAGAAAUGACUGGUCAAUGGACUGAACAUGAGCCGAACUCAGUAAAUGAAGUCCAGAGAAAUCACAAGAAAUAAAGUAGACCUAAGACAGCCUGUAUAUUAUAGAGUUGACUAACUACAGGUGCAUUCACAUUUCUAAGAAGAGAAGCAGAUGAUACAGGACUACUAUAGAUAACAGCCAUCAUGGAAACUCUUGUUACAUACAUCUACCGCAUGUUCCUGGUGUUACCCAUUUGAAUCAUGUUGAUAAUUCAUGUUGAUAAUUCGCUUUCAUGUACAGCAGUCAUUUCACCAUUUAAAUAUGAAUUUAAUUAUCUGAAUAAUGUGAAGAAUUUGACAUGAUCAAUGUUUUCAUUGCUGCUUAUUAUUAUGACGUAGCUUGCUGUGAAACAAGCAUGUCAUGGAAUGACAAAAGAUGAGUAACACUUGGGUCCAGGGUCCGUUUUGUUGUAUUAUUAACCAUAUUGGUUAAGCUUACAACACAGGAAGAGAUGAUUGGAAAUCAGGGAAAUAAAAUGACUUUUUAUAGGUCUUGUCCCAAGGGACUAAUACAAGUUUCACAUCUGUGUUCAUAUUUAUUUUGUGAGAGAGAAAAACUACAGACAUUAUACAAAUACAUUAUCCGCCCACCUCUCCCCUUUCCACCCACAUGACCUGCUUAUUUGAGUACAAAUAUCAAAGUAGUGAUUUGAAACUGUUAAUUGUUGGAGUCCACAUGUUGAUACUUGGUUGCCUGGGUGUUUAAGGUACAGUGAAGUUAGUCACCAUUAAGCAGUAAGAGAUUGGCAAGACAACGGACUGGUUUAGAUCAAAUGCUUGAUAAUGAUGAAGACAGAUUGCCAAAAGGAGAACAAUCUGUUUGAAGACUUUUAUACCACUUAUAUUUUAUGCUGUAAGUGACAAUACUGGCUGUUUUUCUGUGUGUGAAAGUAUUGUUCAGUUGUUUUUAUGUGUUUGUACUGUUGGAAAGUAGCUGAAAUUCUCUGUCCUCUUCCCUCUUGGUGUUUCUUUUUCAAAUAAACUAUGUACUGUGAAUAUGAAAUGAGAUAAACCAUAUAUUAAAUGCCAUAAUAAACCCUAUAUUAGAUGCCAUAAUAAACGCUAUAUUAAAUGCCAUAAUAAACGCUAUUUUAAAUGCCAUAAUAAACCCUAUAUUAAAGCACAGCAUUGAUUGUCAAUGCUACGCAGAUGAUACACAGCCUCACAUUUCUGUGUCACCAGAGGAUUCUAGCUCCACGGAUACAUUAUUAGACUGUUUUAGUGAGUUAAAUAACUUCCUCCAGCUAAAUCAAGACAAAAACCUAGGUACUUAUUGUUGGAGCCAAAGCACAGCGAGAGAAUCUAGCAGCAUAUUUUAAUUCACAGGCAAUCUAAAGAUAAAACACCAGGUAAAAAAACCUAAGUGUUAUUUUUACAUUCUGAAGUCAAUUUUGAAUCACACAAUAGGAAUGCGACCAAAGUUUAUUUUUACCAGGAACAUUUUGAGGUGUGGAUGUUUCUUUCUCAGGCUGAUACAGAGAGACUCAUCCAUGCUUUUAUUACAUUCAGGUUUGACUACUGUAUUGCUCUCCUGUCUGGUCUACCCAAGAAAGCCAUUGGUCUACUGCAGAACAUACAGAAUGCUGCAGCACGGGUACUGACCACGAUCAGACGGAGAGCACACAUUUCAUAGGUUUUAAGGUCUCUGUACUGGCUGCCUGUGAGUUCUGUAAUGCACAUUGCAUUGCAGUCCAUGUCUGAAAUGUUCUGUAUAAAAAAGCUUGAUUUGAUUAAAUGUCAAAAUAAACACAAUAUUAAAUCCUA